AUGCUUUUCUCCGGUGAUGAAAGAUGGCGAUGGGGAGGCUCCCAGUUGGACUGCGUGGGUUCCUCGGAGUUUUUCCCUGGAGCGGAUUCUAAGGCUUAUAUCAGGCGCCACUUCCAGUCCCAUUGGUCAGUUCAUAGAAUCUCCGCGCACUUUUCUCCACUCAAUCGAUCCGAGAGUCAAAAUGGUAGCUUUCCAGUCCCUUGGCUUUUAUUUCUGGAACAUAGAACCCGCUCUUUUCUAGUACUGAUCAAACACACAUUCGUAGUCCCUGAUAAAUUGGAUCGUGGUAUUAUUAAGUUUCACAGCCGUCGUGUGACAAGUUUGGAGUUCCAUCCAACUAGGAACAGUGUACUUAUAUCAGGAGACAAGAAAGGGCAAAUUGGCAUAUGGGAUUACAGCAAUCCAAAUGAGAAGACAGUCUAUGGAUCUAUACACUCCUGCAUAGUUAAUAACAUGAAGUUUGACACCAGAAAUGAUUUCAUGCUCUAUACAUCAUCUUCAGAUGGGACAAUUAGCUACACUGAUUUGGAAACUGGAAUUGCAGUUCUUUUGAUCGAUGUUAACCCUGAUGGAUGGAAUGGUCCAUCUACAUGGCGGAUGUUAUAUGGCAUGGAUUCUAAUUCGGAUAAAGGGCUUUUACUAGCCGCAGAUAACUUUGGCUAUAUUUACCUGUUUGAUACUAGGGAAAAGGUGAAGAUUGGAGAACCAGUUCUUAUUCAUAGAAAAGGAAGCAAGGUUGUUGGGCUACAUUGCAAUCCCACACAACCAGAUCUCCUUCUGAGCUGUGGAAAUGAUCAUUUUGCUCAUAUGUGGGACAUACGCCGACUAGAAUCUGGAUCUUUUCUUGCCAGUCUUGCUCAUACUCGUGUUGUCAAUUCGGCCUAUUUUUCUCCACAUACUGGAAGUAAAAUCCUUACGACAUCGCAAGACAAUCGAAUAAGAGUCUGGGACUCGGUCUUUGGAAAUUUGAAUUUGCCCAGUAGAGAAAUUGUCCACAGCCAUGAUUUUAAUCGUCACCUUACUCCUUUUAGAGCUGAGUGGGAUCCAAAGGAUCCUUCUGAGUCGCUAGCGGUUAUUGGUCGAUACAUAAGUGAGAAUUAUAAUGGUGUGGCAUUACAUCCCAUUGACUUCAUAGACACGAGCACAGGCCAUCUUGUUGCAGAGGUGGUUGAUCCAGAUUUAACCACUAUUAGUCCAGUAAACAAACUACACCAUCGGGAUGAUAUUCUGGCAACUGGGAGCUCCAGGUCUGUGUUUAUUUGGAGACCGGGUUCCAAGGAUGUGGAAAAAGAGGUUGAAAGGAAGAAGGAAAUAAUGUUUUGUAAUGCUGGGAAGAAAUCUGCUAAAGGAAAAUUCGAUGAAAGUGAUGAUGAUGAUGAUGAUUUCUCUUCCAAAGGGAAGAAGAAGCAGCAGAAGAAAUAUGGAGGAAAAUCUGAUAAAGCUGUUAAAAGCAAAUCUGAAAAACUCAAAAUCUAGACUGUAGUAAAGAUGGAAUGAGGCAAAGAACGCCUUUAAGGUUUUGUAGAUCUCAUUCUCUUGGUUUCUAUAUAUUGGGGGAAUUUUUGGCUAGGUUUUUACAGUAUAUGAUAGUUCUUCUUGCCUGCUUUUGAUUUACCAAAAGAUGGUUUCAUUGAAGGGUUGUAGCUAUUCAAUCUCAAUUUUUUGGAAGGGUUCCUCCUCCUGGCUAAUAAGUCAGGUGACUCUUUAGCUAGUUCUACUCUUGGCAUUGUUCUUUGGUUCUAAUCUGACACAACUUGGAUCAUUUUAUUCAGAGGCCCCUCCAUCUCAAACCUAACCUUCCCAUGUUUGGCGAACUUGCUGUAGAAGUCUGAAGAUAUCUUUUCAGACGCGUGCUCAACGCAUCAAUAGAAGAACGAAACUCAUCCAGCUCCAGAUUUGUAAUUCUAUCUGCAUUACAUUCAGAAUCAAUCAAAUAUUUUUUUGUGUGCCUGAAACACAGCAGCAGUAAUUAUGUAG